GGGCCCAAAAGAAGCUGAGCAGCUGCCGCAGUUACAUAGAGGGGCCUAACGGCGCCGUUAUUUGGGUGCGAAUGAUUAACACACGCCACUUAGCGGGGAGUCCUCACUGCCGUAGGGGGAGCAGCACGCAACGCAAUGGCUGAAGAAAGCCUAAAACCAAGAGAGCAAAGCGAUUUCUUGAGAAGAGAGAGCCAAAGCUUAAAGAAAAUACGAAAAAUGCUAUGCUCAUAAAAGGAGGAAAUGCAAACUUAACAGUGACUGAAGUGCUUAAAGACAUUUAUGCUGUGAAGAAGCCUUUUGCUGUGCUCUAUAAAAAAAAAAAUAUUACCAGGCCUUUUGAGGAUCAAACAUCAUUAGAAUUUUUUUCCAAGAAGUCAGAUUGUUCGUUGUUUCUCUUUGGCUCUCAUAACAAGAAACGACCUAACAACCUGAUAAUAGGCCGCAUGUUUGACUAUCACGUCCUAGACAUGAUUGAGCUAGGCAUUGAGAAAUUUGUAUCCCUAAAAGAUCUGAAGAAUAGUAAAUGUCCUGAGGGAACAAAACCUAUGUUGAUAUUUGCUGGUGACAUGUUUGAUGUCAAUGAAGAAUACAGACGACUGAAGAGCCUUCUUAUUGAUUUCUUCAGAGGUCCUACCGUGCCCAGUAUUCGUCUGGCUGGUUUAGAGUAUGUUCUGCAUUUCACAGCUGUGGAUGGGAAAAUUUACAUGCGAAGCUAUAAGGUGCUUCUGAAGAAAUCUGGCUGUAAAAUACCAAGAAUUGAACUGGAAGAGAUGGGACCUUCAUUAGAUCUGGUUAUGCGGAGGACACAUUUAGCUUCAGAUGACCUUUAUAAGCUGUCUUUAAAACAACCAAAAGCCCUGAAGCCAAAGAAGAAGAAGAAUAUCUCCCAUGACGUGUUCGGUACAACGUAUGGUCGAAUCCACAUGCAGAAGCAAGAUCUUGCUAAACUGCAGACACGGAAGAUGAAAGGGUUAAAAAAGAGGCCAGCAGACAAGUCAGCUGAAGAUGGUGGGGUUAGUCCCAAAAAGUCAAAAUCAGCUUGAAAGUCUGGAACGGCUUUGAGAACUCUGUACCUUCCAAUUCAUUACGUAUAUUGUAAUAUAAGUGUCGGACAUAAAAGAUGCAGCUGCUCUUUGCCUUAGUUUUGUUGAAAAAAUCUUUGUAAUGGUUUGUUAUUUUAAAGGGAACAUGGGGGUGUUGAGCUUUUACACGAAACUUGGUUAUUUAAAAUAAAAAUAUGAUUUUACUUGCUUAAUUUUCCAAAGCUGAGAAUUUGUCCACUUGGUGCUAGCAAACAUAUGCUGGUCACACAGAUGCCUUGUUUCCCAGGUGGUUUUGUGGCUCUUGUGUUGGGAGCCAUGGAUCAAUCAGCUUAUAGAUCCUGCACAGGACCAGGGGACUGUGUACCUGCAAUAGCCAUGGCACCACUGCUCUGCUCAUUUAAGUGUUUCAGUGCAGCUUUUGCACAACAGCCAUACUCCACACACUCUUACCCAUUUUCUAAAGUGAUCUCACUCAGUGUGUCUGAUACCAGUCUCUUUUCAACUGUCACACCAAGCCCUACUUUACAUUUGCAGAAUCUGGAGUGAUUAAGGUGUUUUUAAGGUGUUCAUCACCAUGGCAGCAGAGCACCUGCUGUUUGCUUUAGACACAAAUGAAACAUUUACGGUUUUAGUUGCAAUCUUUGAUGUUUGAUCUGUGCCCAGAAUGGAAGUAUGUGAAGCAACCACCAAAGGUGCAAGUCUCUUCUUACCCUGCUUUCCUCAUAAGUUUGUGCUCAUGAGUUGGUAAAGACUCAGUUAAAGGGAAGGAGAGUUCAGGAGAUUGUGGUGAGAUGUUCUGUGUUUUGGAACAUAUUGAAAAAACUUUUUUUCCCCUCCUUUUGCUUUUCUUUGGAAGCUAUUGCUCUGCCCUUUAGCAUAACUGUGAUAAAAGUGCACACACUUUAGCAUGGACACAGCAAGCUUGCUCAUCCUCAUUAUGUUUUUCAUACAUUAUCUUGUUAGUUUCCUUGGUGUAAUCAGCUGAAGUGUCACAUUAGAAAAAGGCACUUUGUUGUUUUCACCGAUCUUUCAUUUAUCUUCAAUAUAUUAUCUGAGUUUUUUUAAA